AUGGACUUGGGACAAGCACAAACAGAACUGAGCGACAAACAAUUGGAACUAAAUCAGGACUAUGUCGCAAAUGUCAUGAAAAAAGCCGGCUUCGAACCUGAAGUUGACAUCCAAUUUGACGUCGCCUACACAUGUCGACCCCAUGGGGGAUGCGAAAAAGUCUACACAAAGCUUGGGGCCCGUGAAGGACAUUACAUAUUUCUUGAACUGGUACUUUUCAGGGAUGAUCCUUUCGGUAGUGACCUUCUGCCCCUGGAAGGGCCGGCCCCUCUUGAAACCCUUCCAUCAGAGGAUGCAGAAACCAUACUGGAUGUAGAAGAUGAGGAUGAGGAGGGCAGGUCGACCUCACGUAUGGCUGUGAAUCUCACCCCAGAGAUGGUGAACGCCCAGUUUGUGUUGAUAGACCCUUCAACGCCCACAGACGAGAAAGUGCCAGCUGACGCCUUCCCCCAUGGCAACAGGAUGCCAGCCACUAACAUCCCUGUGUCUGCACAUGGGCCAGUGGCCAGAGAGAACAGAGAGGCGGAGCUUGAAUAUUUCAUGACAAAGAAGUACAACAAACUGGGAGCCAAGAUUGAAUCUAGGAACCAAACUCUCAACCAUUUCCUCACGAAUAAAAACCUCCAGUUGAAAUAAACAUUUUGGACUUAAAAUUGAAAAAUAUACAAAUAUUCAGAAAAUCA